UGGCUGUGGACCGAAGAAAUCGUCGAAUAUCGUCGAAGAUGGCUGCUACCACUGAAAUAUUAAAUACUCUUACAGAAAGAGCAAUUUCCCAAAAGAAAAUGUAGGAUUUUCUGGCUUGUGACGCGUUUCAGCAAGUAUUAAAUAUGAACAUAAUGCGUAAACUACGAGGGGGUACUAGUGUUGGAGGCAUGGGUUCCAGCAGUACUGGUGGUUUAGACGAUUGUACUGGAAGUAUAAAUCCUCAACAUACUGCUUUGGGUCUUAUGCACCUUAAAAAACUUUUUUCUGAAUAUACCCAUCCUCCACAUCUCCUCUCUGAUGCUGAACGUAAUGAUAAAUUAUAUAAUAUGUUGCCAUUAUUUUGCAAGGUAUUUGGAUCUAGUCCAACAGGAGACAUGAGUGAAAAAUUUUGGGACAUUUUGGCAUUUACACAACAAGUAUCUAAGUUAAUGGUAUUUGAAAUCAGUAGUAGGGCAAGUAAUCAGAGUACUGAAACUGCAAGUUGUGCCAUUGUACAAUUUUUAGAAAUUGAAAAUAGUGAAGAAUCAAGCAAUGGCUGGAUGUUACUAUCUGCAUUAAAUUUGCUUGCAGCAGGUGAUACUUCUGUAAUACAGGCAAUGACUACUGCUUCUGUUCCGUCAACAUUAGUAAAAUGUUUGUACCUAUUUUUUGAUUUGCCUGAAAUGAUUGACGACGAGGCUGAUAUUACAGAUGCAAAUAGUGAAUAUACUUCAAAACAACGUAGAAUAUUAUUACAAAAAAUAUUUGUACAAUUAUUGGUGAGAUUAUGUAGCCAUCCAUAUCCAGCAGAAGAACUUGCACGCAAAGAUGAUCUAACUUUAUUAUUCUCAGCAAUAACUAGUUGGUGCCCUCACUAUAAUGUGAUGUGGCGUAAAAGCGCGGCAGAAGUAUUAAUGACUUUAUCUCGACAUGGACUUACCCAAAAUGUAGUAAGCUACAUUCAUAAUAAAGGAUGUAUAGCACUAUGUGUUGAUAAUAUGCAACGUGUACCUGAGCUGGCACCAUUGGAAGUGGUAGAAAUGUUUGUUACAGUAUUUUGUUUCUUAAAAGACUCUAGUGAGGUAUCGCAAACACUUCUAGACGAUUUUCGUGCUUGUCAAGGAUAUAUCUUUUUAUCAGAAUUUUUGUUAAAACAUGCUCCAUCAAGAUUAGAACAAGAUAGUAGAGCAGAGGCACAAGAUGCCAUUCGGAAUUUAGUGCUUAUGUUGGCUUCUCUAACAAUGUGUGGCCAUACAGAAUUAAAGCCAAGUCAAGCUAGUAUGGGAUCUUUGUUCCAAAUGCUUGGUUUUACUUUACCUCAACCGAGUAAUAGAGGAGGAAGUGUCAGAAAUAUUCAAGCAUUCCAAGUAUUACAGUCUGUAUUUGUAAAGUCCAAUUCACCACUCUUAUGUUGUACAAUCCUUGAUGCAAUAUCUAGUGUAUAUCAUAGUGACAAUGCCAAUUAUUUUAUACUUGAAGGGCAAAACACAUUAUCCCAAUUUGCAGAAAAAAUUCACCUAAAAAAUCGAGAAAUACAAGAGAAGCUUUUUCAACUACUAGAAUUUAUAGUAUUUCAACUUAAUUUUGUGCCUUGUAAGGAACUUAUAUCUCUAUCUAUACUACUCAAAACAAAUAAUUCAACCAGUUGCAGUAUAUUAUGCAUGGAAACACUCCUUAAUAUACUCAGACAUAAUAAUAUAUUUAAAGAUGUAUACAGAGAAGUGGGUAUGUUAGAAGUCUUUGUUACAUGUCUUCAUCGUUAUGCAACCCUACUCAAAGAUAAACAAGCUGCACAAGAUCAAGGAUUAGAAUAUCAAAUCUGCCAAGAAGAUGAGCGAUUGGGUGCCUUAGUAAUGGAAGCCUUGACGACAUUAUUAGCAAGCAAUGUUCAGAAUGCUAAUGUGUUUAGGGAAUGCGGUGGGGCACGUUGUGCUCAUAAUCUCGUGCCCUAUAUGGAUUGUCGAUAUCAGGCACUUGGUAUUGUUAGAGAAUUAAUACUUAGUGCAGGAGGAGACGAUGACAUGGCUACAUUACUGGGUGUUAUGCAUUCAGCACCUUCUAAUGCCUUAGUCUUAAAAACACAUAUAUUAAAAUCUCUAUUGGCUUGUUUACGAGAAUCUCAUCGAACUAGGACUGUUUUUCGAAAAGUGGGAGGUUUUGUGUAUGUUAUGUCCGUCUUAGUAUCUUUAGAAGGUCAACUAGGUAUACAAAGAUCAGAGAGUACAGAACCUUGUAACGACAUAAUAAAAAGAACGCCACAGGAAGAAGCACAGUUACUGACUCUUUUACACGUUGUAUUUCACACUAUAAGUACAGCUAUGAGAUUUGAACCAGCAAAUGCUAAAUUUUUCCACCAUGAAAUAUGCCAAUCAAGUUUGUGUGACACUUUGCGACUUCUUGGAUGUUUCUCAACACGGACGAAGCUUACUGAAAUAGAUAUAAUACCAACUACGAAUUAUCAUAAUAUGUUAUCAGCACUAUUUACUGGGAGCGUAUUAGAACCGGUGUUCUCAGAUGUUAUACCAAAGACAUUAUCAUAUGCAUGCUUAUUACUACGACUUCUGUAUGAUGUAGCACUUGACUCUUUUGAUAAGCCAAAUUUGGCAGGUCUAGGAAUGAGAUCGCCAAAUCAUAAACAAAAUAGCGUUGAGCAACAAAGAUCUUUCGAUUCACCGGGAAGCGGAAAGAAAAGUGGUAUAAAUUCUUUAAAUCUGAGUCCACCUACUCCUGAACCAAUUGUAGUUCAUCCUGGCAUAGUUGUUGGAAUGUUAUAUUUACUUCCAUCAAUCUCAGAACCAUCCAAUCCACAAAUGGCUUUAGCUUUACAAUUGUAUGUCGCAGAAAUUAUUAAAAGUUUAGUGCGAUCCGAAAGAAACCAACAAAUAAUGUGUGAUGCUGGAAUGGCGGGUGAAUUGUUAUCUAUAGGUAGAAUAGCUUUGCAAGAUGAAACACAUCCUUUACAUCAACCAUUACAAUAUAUUAUAGAAAGACUUGCAGCACAAUCCUUAGAGCCACGUGAUUUAAGGGAAUUUUUGCGUUUGGGUGAUCCAUUAUGCUGUAUUUCACUUGAUGAUAUUGAACUAAAUAAACCUCGAGGCGGACCCGUGCCGUUAACGCGUAUUAAAACUUUAGUAUCCAUGACAACACCAAAGGAUUUUCGAGCACACGGUUCUUGUACUUUACCGCCUUUCGUAGAACUGGAUAUGAGUGCUGAAGGAUUUGCAUGUCUAUAUUUACCUAGUGUUGCACCACAAAGUACAACUCCACCUACAGUGGUAGCUGCUGAUAGUAGCGUACUUGGUGGAAUUGGUUCUGGUGAUAGGUUAUUUCCCCCACAAACUGGUUUGACUUAUAGCACAUGGAUAUGUGUUGACAAAUUUAGUGAUCCUAGAACUGAUCCUCACUGCGUGCGACUACUAACAUUAGUUCGUAUUCCGCAAUCAACAAGGGAUUUGAUUUGUUUAACUGCAGUGCUUAGUGCAAGAGAUAAAGCUAUUAUUGUAUCUACACAAGAAACACCGUUACCGCAAAAUGUAAGUGAAUGGGAGCCAGAAGGAACUGGUGAAUGUGGUGCAAGAGUCUGGUGUCCAGACUUGCUUCAUGAAGGUCAAUGGCAUCAUAUAGCUAUUGUAUUAAAUCGUGCUGUUUUAAAAAAUUCAAGUUUCUCGUUAUAUUUGGAUGGUCAACAUAUUCAUAGUCAAAAGCUUCAUUAUAUUACACAAGUUCCUGGAGGAGGAGCAGCAAAUUUGACAGUAGCAUCUCCAGUAUAUGGGUAUAUAGGUACACCACCUUGUUGGCGACGGUAUUCUAGACUAACAUGGAAACAAGGACCAUGUCACUUAAUAGAAGAAGUAUUUAACUCUCAAAACAUAACAACAUUAUUUAAAUUAGGCCCACAUUAUAUGGGAAGUUUGCAAGCUCCACAGUUGUCAGGACAAGAGCCUUUAAUGCCUCUUGUUGCAGAAGAAAAAGUUGUAUUUGGAUUAAAUGCUAAAGCAAUGUCCCAAUUAACAUUAGCUAAAAUUAGGAAAGUCUAUAGUCGGACUGAUAACAAAUCAAUUGCUAAACAGCUUGGUAUGUCAUCGCACGAAAAUGCCACUCCUAUUAGAGUUCUUCAUAAUUCAGCAGGACAUCUAAGUGGACCAGCACGAGCACUUGGUGGUGUAGUCGUUGGAUAUCUCGGUGUUCGAGUCUUUAGCCCCCGACCUGUAGCUACAAUGAUUGAUAAUGUAGGAGGAUGUUCAGUGUUGUUAGGUUUAAUAGCUAUGGCACAAGAUGUAGAAUCUUUAUACGCUGCUGUUAAAGCUUUAGUGUGUGUUGUGAGAUCCAACCAAGUUGCCCAACAAGAAAUGGAUCGCAGAAGGGGAUAUCAAACAUUAGCAAUGUUACUAAGAAGGAAAUGUCCUCUUUUAAAUAGUCAUAUUUUACAUCUUACAUUCAGUCUUGUUGGUACAGUAGACAGUGGUAGAGAAACUAGUGCAAUACCUAAUGUUAUGGCAUUUCAAGAUCUUCUAUGUGAUUUGCAAAUUUGGCAUGAAGCACCUGGUGAACUUUUAAGAUCACUUCUAGAACAUUUAUAUGAAUUAAUAGCAGAAUCAAGUGAGAAAAGAACAAAUUUACGUUUAAUGAGAGAUUUGCAAUUAGUACACAAAUUGCUACAUAUUUUAAGUGAUGUAAAACAAAGUAGUACGAGGCAAAUUUUGCUUGCAUUACUAAGUAUUCUAUUAAGUCAACCAAGACAAGCUGAUUUACUUUGGUUUGGGCAAUUUAUUGUUGCUACAUUGCCUCAAAGUUCAGAAAAGCAUUUAAUUCUUCGAGAAAGCGAAGGAAAUAAAGAAGGAGAAGGGGAACACAUACUCUUACGAAAUCGUUGUUUGCAGCUUUUACACUCUCUGUUAUUUAAUGGCCCCAAAGUGAAUGUAAAUAUGUGUGAGGAAUUAGCUAAAGUAUUAGGUUUAGAUUGGAUAUUACUAUUUCUUCAGUCUGGCCUUCAUAGUACCACCGUAAUAUGGGGGUUACGAAUUUUAGUAGCCAUUUGUUCUGUACAAUCAAUAUUACAAAAAUUUAAAGAAGGAACUAGUAAUGGUGGUUGGUUACGCCAUACGGAUCAUAAUAAAAUGGUAUUAGCACUUGGUUGUCAUCAGCAAAUAACUGGUGGUGAAACUAAACCAUCUGGCCUUCAUGUACCAGGAUUUCAACAUUUAGGAUGGCUAUUACCGCAGCAUGUAGAUCUUGUUCCAGAAUUGUAUUUUCUUUUUAUUGCCCUCAUGAUGGGACAACCCGUAAAAUUAUUACCUACUGAUUCCAAAGUUAUUUUAAAACUCGAUUUGGACAAUGUAUGGAACUUCUUGUUUGGUGUCCCUGCAAAUCAUACACUAUCCUCUUUUGCUAGUAGAAUCAAUCUUUGUCCUGAGGCUGUGGUAACUUUAUUAGCAAUGGUACGAACAAUGUUGAAUAAUUAUUCAAUCAACCCUGAAUCUUUGCCUGAUUGGUUAAGCGAUUAUCCAGUGACAAUAAUACAGUUCCUUUUUUUCCUUUACCACAAUUUCACUGAUUUUAUGCAAGUAUUUAUGUCUGCGGAAGUAUUGGGUGCAUUAGCUGGUACUUUGUUUCCAAAACCUGCAAGCUCUAGUCAAGAUAGUAGUGGAGCUAGUACUCCAGCAGAUGAGCAAGAACCAGUGUUAGUAAGAUCUCCAUCAAAGGAUGUUGGCUUAACAAAUCAUCCAGCAAAGAAAUUUGUUAUGGAUUUCAUGCGAGUUAUUGUAGUAGAUUCCCUUUCUCUGCCUGUUAGUGCAAAAUCUCCACCAGCAAUUGAUUUAGUUUUGGAAGCAUGGCCAGAACAUGCAUCUACAGGGCAACAGACACGUUAUCAAACAGAAAUUCUAUCUAUUUUAAUGGAGCAUCUGUUAGCUGCAGACGUUCUAAUUGGAGAACAAGCAGCAUUACCUGUAGUUCCUGGUGGAUCAGUUAAUAAUAUAACAAGUAAUGUGUGUUACGUUGCAGCCAGAAUAGUUGACAAAUUGUGGCAAGGUGCUUUGACGAAAGACCCACAUGAAGUGUUUGAUUUUAUUGUAAAAUUAAUUGGACAAGCAAAAAGACGACCAGGUGUCGUUAGUAUGGAAGGACUUCAUCAUUGUUUAAACAGAACAAUUUUAUUUUUAUUGUCACGAGCAACAGAUUCUAUAGCCGAUCAAAUGGCUGUGUUAGAAGCGUUGCAUAAACUUACCACCCACAGAUUGUUAGUUUUUGGCGCUGGUAAUCAUGAAUUAGAAUUUAUUGGUUGUCUGACUUAUUGUUUAUUGCAACUAACAGCUGAUAUAAAGAUUAUGCUUGAUACAAAUACGAAAACAACAUGGCACGUUAAUCCACAAGUUGAAGCCAGUGAUGAUAGAUUAACAUCUCAUCAAGGUCAUAAUCUGAUGGCUGUUGCAGCAACAAGAGUUUGGGAAGAGUUAUAUGUGUGUAAAAAGCCUGCUAUAGAAGAAGUUUUUAAAAUUACUCUUCCAACACCUAUAGGUAAUGAACGGGCUCCCGAAUUAUCGGUAGUGAGAGAUCAAGUACAUGAAGCUGCAACUAAGCUUUGGUUGAAUUAUGUUGUUAUGGAAAGAAAAGCUUCUUAUAGAGUUCCUUGGGAACUUCAUAAUCAAAUACAAUCGAAAAUCCAAAAAGUAACAGGAGGUUUAACAAGACUAGCAAGUAGAACAAAAGUUCGGAAAGAAGAAUCUGUACGCGUAAGAUUGAGAUUACAUCAGAACACUGUUGCACAAUGGACAGAGCAACAUAUUGCAUUAGUCCGUGAACUUGCUGCAGCGAAACGUUUGCAAUAUAUACAAACUAAUCAACAUACCCAGCGAUAUGUAUAUCAAGAGUGGUUACAGACCGAGACUGAAUUAACAAGAGAACGAGGUCUAUGGGGACCGCCAACUCCUACUAGGCUCGACAAGUGGAUGUUAGAUAUGACUGAAGGUCCAUGCAGAAUGAGAAAGAAAAUGAUGAAAAAUGAACUUUUUUACAUACAUUAUCCCUACCGACCUGAAUUAGAGCAUCCUGAUAAUAAACAAUUGAAGUACAAAGUUGCGACAAGCACUGAUAGUAAAGAAUACUAUUUAAAGCAACUUGGUAAUUCAUCUGGUAUGUUUGAACGUGAACGCGAUCCUGUUAUUGAUGAUACACCGUUAAAUGUUAACGACGCCUCUACGGAAAGUGAACCCCCUAUGGUACCAUGUACAUUAGAACGUCACGCUAGUGAACCUGAUGAAGCACCAGAGGAUAAUGAACAAGAAGAAGAAAAUAAUCAGACUGUUCCAGACAAUCAAACUUUGAUACGACUAUUAGAGGAACAUGAAAAAAUAAGUCACAUGUUCAGGUGUGCAAGGAUUCAAGGUUUAGAUACAACUGAAGGUUUGUUGUUGUUUGGAAAAGAACAUUUUUAUGUAGUUGAUGGAUUCACACUGUUAAAGUCUAGAGAAAUAAGAGAUAUCGAAAGUUUACCCGAAGCUUAUGAGCCAAUUUUACCAUCGCCGGGAUCUCCGAGAAGAUCCAGAGCUAUGAGGCAAUGUUCAAAAUUUAAUUAUGAGGAUAUCAGGGAAGUACAUAAAAGAAGGUAUUUGUUACAACCGAUGGCAUUAGAAGUAUUUAGCGGAGAUGGUAGAAAUUAUUUAUUAGCAUUUCCUCGUAAAGUAAGAAACAAAGUUUACCAAAGAUUUAUGACAUUUGCAACAGCGAUUGCUGAUAGCGCGCAACAAUCAGUUGCUGGUCAAAAGAGAACAGCAAAUGUAGAACAAGCUACAGGUUUACUUUCGAAUCUAAUAGGUGAAACUUCUGUUACGCAACGAUGGGUGAGAGGCGAAAUAUCCAACUUCCAGUAUUUGAUGCAUCUUAAUACUUUAGCUGGUCGUAGCUAUAACGAUUUAAUGCAAUAUCCGAUAUUUCCCUGGAUCUUGGCCGAUUACGAUAGUGAAGAAUUAGAUCUCACUGAUCCUGCAACAUUUAGAGAUUUUAGUAAACCUAUGGGUGCACAGAGCCCAGAACGGUUAUUACAGUUUAAAAAGAGAUAUAAAGAAUGGGAUGAUCCACAUGGAGAAACACCUCCUUAUCAUUAUGGGACUCAUUAUUCCUCUGCAAUGAUAGUUUGUUCAUAUCUAGUGAGGAUGGAACCAUUUACACAACAUUUUCUUCGAUUACAGGGUGGACAUUUCGAUUUGGCAGAUAGAAUGUUUAAUAGUAUAAAGGAAGCAUGGCUUUCAGCAUCUAAACAUAAUAUGGCUGAUGUAAAAGAACUUAUACCAGAAUUUUUUUAUCUUCCAGAAUUUCUUGUUAAUUCAAAUCAUUUUGAUCUAGGUUCUAAACAGAGUGGUGUACAAUUGGGAGAUAUUGUAUUACCACCAUGGGCAAAACAGGAUCCUCGAGAAUUUAUACGCGUGCAUAGACUCGCUCUAGAAUGUGAUUAUGUAUCGCAACAUCUUCAUCAAUGGAUCGACUUAAUAUUUGGUUGUAAACAAAACGGCCCUGCUGCGGUUGAAGCUGUUAAUGUAUUUCAUCAUUUAUUCUAUGAAGGCAAUGUUGAUAUUUACAAUAUUGAUGAUCCUUUAAAGAAGAAUGCCACUAUUGGAUUUAUUAAUAAUUUUGGCCAAAUACCAAAACAGUUGUUUAAAAAACCGCAUCCAGCUAAAAAAAUGACCCAGAGAACUAGUGUUAUUGAUCCAGGACCUAUUACUCCUGGCUUAAGCAUUACUACAUCUGACAAGUUAUUCUUUCAUAAUCUUGAUAAUUUAAAGCCGUCACUUCAACCUAUCAAAGAAUUAAAAGGUCCAGUUGGACAAAUACUUCAUGUUGAUAAAGCAGUGUUAGCUGUGGAACAAAAUAAGACGCUUAUUCCUCCAACAUAUAACAAAUAUGUAGCAUGGGGUUUUGCAGAUCAUUCUCUCAGAAUAGGAAACUAUGACAGUGACAAAGCAAUAUUCGUUUGUGAAGCUAUGAUACAAAGUGGUGGUGAAAUAGUUGCUUGCGUUUGUCCGUCUUCCAAAUUGAUAGUAACUGCUGGCACAAGUUCUGUUGUGACAGUUUGGGAAUAUACUAAAAGGCAACUUUCUAUUAAACAAUGUUUGUAUGGUCACACGGAUGCUGUUACAUGCUUAUCAUCUAGUCCAGCAUAUAAUGUAAUUGUAUCAGGAUCCCGAGAUGGUACUGCAAUUAUAUGGGAUUUGUCUCGUUGCUUAUUUGUUCGUCAACUUCGCGGACAUGCAGGACCGGUAGCAGCGGUAGCUAUAAACGAACUGACAGGCGACAUAGCUACUUGUGCAGCUACUUGGUUACAUGUGUGGAGCAUUAAUGGCGAAGAACUUGCUAGUGUUAAUACAUGUGUUGGGCGUGCUGACAGAAUGCAGCAAAUUUUAUGCGUUGCUUUCAGUCAAACUCACGAAUGGGAUUCACAGAAUGUUAUUAUGACUGGAUCGACUGAUGGCGUAGCACGCAUGUGGUCGAUGGAUUAUGUACAAGUGCCUGCAGAAGAAGAGAAGCUAGAGGAAAUUACUACUACCAAAGAAAAACAUAUGAAGUCAAAUAAAAAUGAAAGUCAAAAUGAAAAUACGAAAAAACGAGUGCAUGAAUUAGUUAAACAGAUGAGCAUUUCUGCCGAAGGAUCAAGUUUGCUCGCAAAAAGUGGUUCAGAAAGUAGUCUUUCAGAACCCGAAAAUGCUAAAGAAGCAUCAAGAUUGCAUGAAGAGAAAGAAGAAUGCUCGGAUAACGAAUCAAGUAAUGGUUCCAGUAAUAAACCAUCGCCGCAGAAUAAUACUCCUACUAUUGUGCUUCGUAGAAAGAGUCGUGGAAAUCCAAUGUUUCGUAAAAGUGAAGGCGGUGGACGUGCAGAUAGCGAGGGUACUCAGACAAGCGAGUCAUCUAAUAAUCCUGGGGAUUCUGAAGGAGCUCUACGAGCUAGUAAAAGUGAUACUAGUUUAACAGAUAGUUUCGUCAUGGUUACGGAAGCUGAUACAAAACCUAAAAAAAUUAAUCCACAAAAUAUCUUAAGGGACGGUUUUAAAUGGCAACGGCAAUUAGUAUUUAGAAGUAAAUUAACGAUGCAUACUGCAUAUGAUCGCAAGGAUAAUGCGGAACCAGCAUCUAUAACGGCCCUCGCAGUAUCAAGAGACCAUAGAACAGUGUAUGUUGGAGAUACAAGGGGAAGAGUUUUUUCAUGGAGCGUAUGUGAACAGCCGGGACGUACGGUGGCAGAUCAUUGGCUUAAGGAUGAAGGAGCAGAUUCAUGCGUUGGUUGUGGAGUUAGAUUUAAUCUUUAUGAAAGGAGACAUCAUUGUCGUAAUUGUGGACAAGUAUUUUGUUCAAAAUGCAGCCGAUUCGAAUCGAAAAUAUCGAGACUCGGGAUUUUAAAGCCCGUUAGAGUUUGUCAAGGUUGUUAUUCGUCAUUACGAUCUCAGCAUUCUGCUGAAAGCAGCAUUUAAAUAUAGUAAUUGUAUGGUUCCGUAUAAGUUAUUGGUUUCAGAAUGGGUACAGCGAGAAUGUAUGUACAUAGCAACCGCAACCCUUUUAUGUUUUUAUUUGUAUUGUUUUACAAGAGAAACGAGGCGUGCAUUUCCUUGCUUUUUCAUAUUUUGUACGAUACAUUGUUUUAAAAGAUUAUUUUACCAGAGAGACAGAAAAAUUGAUCGCUGCAUUUUUCGUAUAAUCAAUUUUGGUUUCAACAAUCUUUCAUGUUGCGAAUUGAGAUCAUUUCAUUUCUUUUUUUCUCCAUGAAAUAAACUUAAUAUUACAAUACACUCCUGUCGAUUUUAUAAUAUUGCUUGUAUAUUUUUACUAUUUUAAUGAAUUAAGCUAUUUCCUAAUAGUGAUCGGCCUGUUUCACAUUAUCGACAGGUUUGUACUGGAAGAAUUUUAAAAAACAGUAUUUGAAAACUGACAUGACAUUUAAAUCUCUAACAUGUAAAGCACAUAUUAUAAAACACGAACAUAUUUUUCGUUUUUAAUGUUUGACUCUUAAUCAUUUCUAAUACUUUUCUACAUCAUGUGUAUUUGUAUUUUAUAUGCCGAAGAACAAUGUGUACAUUUACAUUCUGUAUUGUAUAUUUGAUUUAUAUGUUGCACUUACUUCUUAACAGUAAAAGGAGACCUUAUAUAUACAGACAUAUAUACGAAAUCAUGUAUAGCAGCACUUGUUUAAUAUGCGUAGUCUGUGAUUUUUUUCUUUCCUAUUUUAAUUUAAUGAAGCUAUAAUUAAUAAAUUUCUUGAGUAAUUAUUACUAAUAAUAAUAAGAAUAAUAAUAUAUAGAAUGUAUAUUAUGCUAUUUAUGCGAUUCAUUUCUCUGUCAUAACGCUUAUAUCGUUUCUCAUAUUUGAGUGUAUUAAAUAAUUAUUGUUAAUAUUUAUUUUAAAUUAUGAUAAAAAUUAAUACAAGAUGUCAAUACUGUUAAUGGAAAAAUAUUAGAUUUAAUAUUAUUAGAUUAACCAAAAAGUUAUAUUUAUACCGUCUAUUUCUACUGUUCUUGUUUACAUUAUGUUUUACGUAUAAUUAUUGCUUAAUAAAAUGCUUUUAUUUUCUUUUUUAUAAUAUCAUCAUGUACAUAAUGCAGUAAUAAUGCGCGGUGUAAUUUAUUCUAAAAAUUAUCAGUGGUAUAUAAUUUAUUACUGUAUCAUGAAAGACAAGUCUUUUAUUUUUCCAUUCUAUAGAACUGAAAACACUAAUAAUCUCAAAAUUCAAGAAUAUAUGUAUUACAAAAAAAAAAAGAAGGAAAAAUAUGUAAUUGCAGUGCACCCUUUGUGAUCGCUGCCUCUAUCGAUAUAAAACUCAUAAAUUUAUAAUAGACAAUACCUUAAUUACGUUAAAGUGUUAUUAAUUGUAAGAUGGUUAUGAAACCAUAGACUCUAAAACCAGCAGUAAUAUUGUAAGCAAUGUCAUAAAUGUGGAAUACGCUCGUUUGUUCACAAAUUGAUAUAUCAUGAAUGCAUCUGUAAAAUUAAUAGUAAAGAGGGAGAUAAAUUAAAAACAUGUUCUUGGAUAAGUGUUUUGUAGAGUUUUAAAAAUGAUGAAGUAUUGCAAACGCAACAUAUUCUGGGGAAAAUUAAGUUUGUCUAACAGUUAAGAAGAAUCAAUGAAUACCGACGAAACAUACAAAGAUUUGUAUAAAUACAAUGAUCGCGGUAUUAGGAAAAAAAAUUGUCUCCCUUUAUGGAUAACGAAUUCUACCAUUUGUAUUCUAUCGAUACACUUCCAUUUUUCUAAAGGCACAAAUUUUAUAAAGAACAAGAAUAAGAAGUAGUGUGACGAUUAAGAACUGAGAAUGAAAUAAACGCAGCUUAAAUAUCGCGAAAUAUUGUUUCAAGGUGGUACUAGUAAAGUACUAUUGUUACUAGUCAAAUGCAAUACGAGCACACUGCUAAUGAGUAUUCUUUCAAAAAGAAUGCUUUUGAUAUAAAGGUUAAAAGUAGAUAAUGCUGGAAAUGGUGUGAAUGAAUUCCAAUAUUUGAAUCUCUUAACUAUGCGCCGCAUAAAAAGAGUUAUCACGUAUCUUACGGAAAUAAUAUCUGUGUGUCAUUAUUACAUGCCAGUUCUAAUAAAACAUUGCCAACUAUCUUUA